CGGAUUAAGAAGACUAUUUACCAGGUUCGCACCGUGGAAACUACUGGCAAUUUAUUUCAAGAGCUGUGUAGAACACAAACUGAAACUGGAACAAUCCAACUUCUUGAUUACAAUCCAGACCGAUUUUUGAGUCUGGCGACAGCAACUAGAAGGAUUCUGGAUAAAUGGACUGCGAUACGUAUGUGUCAAGCUGAAGAACCAAACCAAGUAAAUGUGCUGCAUGCACUUUAUUUGAUAAGGUUAAACACGCUUGAUCUAGACAAGCCUCUCAAACACUACAUGUCGACCAAACAAAACCCGAAAUUUAUUGCCAAAAAUGAGUUGACGGACCUGGCUCAAUUUACUCGAGAACGCCUUCGAAAGACGCUCGAUUCACGAUUUUUUUCGAGAUAUUACAAGACGAGUGGGACUCAAUCAGCUGCAUUUGUGUUUGAGAUGCAAUCUCGGCUUCACCCGACAUACAAAAGGCCUGAUAAAUCCUUAAACCGUGUGGUAAAGCUAUGCUGUAUCGACAAUGGUCACCGCGCGAGAGACACAGAGGUUCGAUUGGAGUAUGUCAGCGAAAAAAUUAAAGAAAAGUUUCGGGAAAUUUUGACAGCAGUAGCCGAGGACCAGUUUUCGUGUACAAGUAGGCAUACUGAAACUCAGGACCUACCAAGAUCGCGAGUUGAUGAUGAAUUGAAUCGGUGGAAUUUUGAUGAAACUCCAAUUGGAGUCAACGCGGACGGCGAAGAAGAAAGUGUUUUGGAAUUUUGGCGUCGGAUGGAGCAAGAAAAAAAAUAUCAGAUACUACCACGAGCAGCAAAAUUAUUGUUCGCAGUUCCUACAUCGUCCGCUCAUAUCGAGAGAGAUUUUAGCGUCGCUGGUAGUAUGGUGACCCCACAACGCACGCGGAUCACUCAGCGCAAUGUCGACAUGGGCAUCUUCCUAAACCGCAACCGGACCUUUGUUGAUCUUACUCAAUGCGAGGAAAUUCCCAGCGAGAAACUGGCAUCUCAUGUCCCCUCAAGCAUGUCCUACCCGAUUGAG